UCCUUUGUAAGGCGCAGCAAAAAAGACAAUCAGAUACAAUAUCAGGGAUCUUCUGGUAAGGCUUCUGGCUACCAUUAGUUCUGAAUAGAGAGGAUUUGACGAGAAAAAUGGCUGUGAGUUUUGAAAUGUCUUUGAGAAUUUCUUGGAUUUGUUGCCUGCUAAUUGGAGGGAUAACCUGUUAUCCUCCACCUAAAGGUAAUUAUAGAUAUAUUCCCCAAAAUCAAUUAAAAGGAAUUGGCCACAAUGCAGCGGUAGCUACCGGAUCCCGUGCCUCGGCAGGUGAAGCUACCGGAUCCCGUGCCUCGGCAGGUGAAGCAGCCACCCGUAAUGCCACUGCAAGCGUCACGACUGGCCCAAAUACCUUAGGUGGAGCAACCGGAUCCCGUGCCUCAGAAGCAGUCACCCACAAUGCCUCAGCAAGUGUCACAACUGGCCCAAAUACCUUAGCUGAAGCAACUGAUCACAAUGCUUCAUCAAGCAUCACGACUGGCCCAAAUACCUUAGGUGAAGCAACUGGCCAUGGUGCCUCGGUAGUGGAAACAACUGGACACAGUGCCAUGCCAGCGGCCACCCAUAAUGCCUCGGAAGUGGCCACCCACAAUGCUUCAUCAAGCGUAACGACUGGCCUAAAUACCUUAGCUGAAGCAACUGGCCACAAUGCUUCAUCAAGCGCCAUGACUGGCCCAAAUGCCUUAGGUGAAGCAGCUGGCCAUAGUGCCUCGGCAGCGGAAGCAACUGGCCACAGUGCUGCGCAAGCUGCCACCCAGAAUGCCUCUGGAAGUGUGGCAACCGGCCCAAAUACCUUAGGUGAAGCAACUGGCCACAAUGCUUCAUCAAGCGUCACGACUGGCCUAAAUACCUUAGCUGAAGCAACUGGCCACAAUGCUUCAUCAAGUGCCACGACUGGCCCAAAUGCCUUAGGUGAAGCAACUGGCCAUGGUGCCUCGGUAAUGGAAGCAACUGGACACAGUGCCAUGCCAGCGGCCACCCAUAAUGCCUCGGAAGCGGCCACCCACAAUGCUUCAUCAAGCUUAACGACUGGCCUAAAUACCUUAGCUGAAGCAACUGGCCAAAAUGCUUCAUCAAGCGCCACGACUGGCCCAAAUACCUUAGGUGGAGCAACCGGAUCCCGUGCCUCAGAAGCAGUCACCCACAAUGCCUCAGCAAGUGUCACGACUGGCCCAAAUACCUUAGCUGAAGCAACUGGCCAUGGUGCCUCGGUAGUGGAAACAACUGGACACAGUGCCAUGCCAGCGGCCACCCAUAAUGCCUCGGAAGUGGCCACCCACAAUGCUUCAUCAAGCGUAACGACUGGCCUAAAUACCUUAGCUGAAGCAACUGGCCACAAUGCUUCAUCAAGCGCCAUGACUGGCCCAAAUGCCUUAGGUGAAGCAGCUGGCCAUAGUGCCUCGGCAGCGGAAGCAACUGGCCACAGUGCCGCGCAAGCUGCCACCCAGAAUGCCUCGGGAAGUGUGGCAACUGGCCCAAAUACCUUAGCUGAAGCAACUGGCCACAAUGCUUCAUCAAGCGUCACGACUGGCUUAAAUACCUUAGCUGAAGCAACUGGCCACAAUGCUUCAUCAAGUGCCACGACUGGCCCAAAUGCCUUAGGUGAAGCAACUGGCCAUGGUGCCUCGGUAAUGGAAGCAACUGGACACAGUGCCAUGCAGCGGCCACCUAUAAUUGCCUCGGAAGCGCGGCCACCCACAAUGCUUCAUCAAGCGUCACUGGACUGGCCAAUACCUGGUGGACAUAUUUCCGACCCAAGUGCCUUCAGCAGAAGCAGCAACCCAUAA